GUAGAUCCUUUUCAACCGGUAGUCUUCAAAAAGACUCGACCCCUCCCCCCCCACCUUCGCCCACCUAAGGCCCUAACUCCGGAGUCUUUCUAUAUGUAUCUCCCUUUGUAUACCCAUCAGCUGCCAUUCCCCGCCACGUUUUAGCGCUGAAACAAAAAGGAUUCUUCUAGGGUUUUCUUUCCGACCUCUCUGAUCAAGCAAAAUCAUGGGUGGAGGCAACGGUCAGAAAGCCAAGAUGGCUCGCGAGAAGAAUCUCGAGAAGUCAAAAGCUUCCAAAGGAAGUCAGCUCGACACGAACAAAAAAGCCAUGAGUAUCCAGUGCAAGGUGUGUAUGCAGACAUUUAUGUGCACGACAUCAGAGGUGAAGUGCAAGGAACAUGCUGAAGCUAAACAUCCAAAAUCUGAUCUCUAUGCCUGUUUUCCUCAUCUCAAAAAGUGAACCGUUUAAUUAGGUGCCAAACAUCCUUGCAGAAAAAAAGUUGGUAUUAUCUGCCAGUCACUAGCUGCAACUAUCAAGUUGUGAACUGCUUGUAUUGUAUGUGUGUGCUCGUUUGUGAGACUCUCAAGUUGUGUUAGUGGUUUGUUUUAAUUAUGAAGCCUCCUGCCGUUGAGUCAAUUUA